AUGGACGCCAUGGUCCACAUGUGGGAUGGUCAUUGCACUAACACCACCCGCCAUCCACCACCCACCACUCCCCACUCUGCGAGCUCCCCAGAAGCUUAUUGCCAUCGAGAAUUGGUUACGGACUUGAAGGCAAACGAGGUACACAUACGGAACUCUCCAAAGCCCAUCCAGAAGGGUCGCAAACACAAUUUUGUACAGAUCUUUUGCCACUGGCCGGAGCCCUUCCGCCUUGUGAAUGUCUUUCAGUCCAAAUAUGUAUAUCUGGAGAUUGACAGCGAUGCCGAGUACCAGCAGUUUAAGGGCUCAACAGCCCGCAGUGUUUGCCAGUCCUCUGAACUGAAGCGUGGCAACUAUGAAGGGAAAUUGCUUUCUCGUGGAGAUGGUUCGCAUUUAAUUUCCCUUCCAGCACACACGAGCACUUGCUACGGUAUCCUUACAUCGGAACCGUUCAAUCUAACAUUGCUGGAGGAACACUUAGAUGAGGAACGUUUCGCAAUGUUUGUUCUGGGGCUGACAUUGUAUGUGGCUGCUCCAGUAUUGGGAGGAUCUUUGUGGUUCUGUUAUUGCACAGUCGGCGCCUUGAGCAUCUAUUUGGGUCGCGUAUGCGUUGUUUGUAUUGCGCUGCUGUUCGCGAAGGGUGCUACUCUAAAGGAUCUAAUUCGAUUUCGUCCGGUGCAGGAAAAUUUCAAGAUGGUGGUCUCACAGCACUUCUCGUUGGUGACCAGCACUCUGAUGGUUGGGGCAUGGAUAAUGAUAAAGUUCUGUCAUGGUUAUCGCCGCCUCUGGCACAACCCGUGGGUGCCCUACAUACAUCGCUGUCUGCUGCGCAUGCUGGCCUACUACAAGCUGUACUAUGCCUCUGAUAAGGCCUCGUUUGGACUGUUGUGGGUCUGCACUUUGCAGUCCUGGCCAAAAUUAUGGUGGUUGCUGCACUGGAUUAAGCUUAAGCUUAUUCAACUCUUCAUGUUUUGCUUUCCCCGGAAGCCACAAUGGGGGCUUCGGCAGCAGGUGAAGAAAGUAAAACCUAAAUUGGAAAAUAAUGUUAGAGUAUAUGAUCUGCAAUAUUUUUUUCGGUUUGUUAAUGAUGGCCCCAAUAUGAUGCCGGCACAGACCAGUUUUGAGAACCCUAACACUCGACGUUGA